CUCUGAAAGUGAAGAGAAGAAGAAAAGUUCUGCUGCGUCCUUAGCAAGUAUAUUACCAUGGUCGCAUCCUUCGCUGGGGCUGAGAAAUCGAAAAAAAUAUUCAUUUAAAUUCAUCUCAGAACAAGACAUACAGAGAGAGAGAGAGAGAGAGGUGAGGGAGAGAAAUUCAUUUCAGUUGCUGGAUUCCAGUAUUAAGUACUGUGGUUCGAUCUCUCGGAGUCGCUCAUACGAUGCGCUUUUGAUUGAUUGAUGUCUCACCAUAACAAACGCCCGAACUGCAGCACCAGCAAUACUAGCGGAAACAGUGGAGGCCCUUUCUCGAGUAUGAAGAAGGCAAAGUCUCAAGCUGUGACUUGCUCUCUCGAGAAGAACGGUCUACAGCAGCAGCAACAGCAGAACCAUGGCCAGCACCAUCAUUUCGACGAUGAGGAUUCUGCCAUGGUUGUUGACGAUGAUCUCAAGGUCGACACCGUUGAUGCGCCUCUAUUGGCUCUCGGCGUCGGGUGCAGCGGAACCACUACUGGGAUUGCCGCCAAUUUGUCAAGAAAGAAGGCUACUCCCCCUCAACCGGCCAAGAAGCUCGUUAUCAAGCUUGUCAAAGAUAAACCAAAGCUGCCAACAAGUUUUGAGGAGGAUACAUGGGUAACAUUGAAGUCAGCUAUUAGUGCUAUAUUUUUAAAGCAGCCAGAUCCUUGUGACUCUGAGAAGCUUUAUCAGGCUGUUUGUGAUCUUUGCUUGCACAAGAUGGGAGGAAAUCUUUAUCAACGAAUUGAGAAGGAAUGUGAAGCACAUAUUUCAGCAGCACUACAAUCUUUGGUUGGUCAGAGCCCGGAUUUGGUGGUUUUCUUGUCUCUUGUAGAGAAAUGCUGGCAAGAUCUUUGUGACCAAAUGUUGAUGAUUCGUGGUAUAGCCCUGUAUCUUGACAGAACAUAUGUGAAACAAACCCCAAAUGUGCGUUCCUUGUGGGAUAUGGGGUUGCAACUGUUCCGCAAACAUCUAUCUUUGUCUCCAGAAGUUGAGCACAAAACGGUCACAGGCCUUCUAAGAUUGGUUGAGAAGGAAAGAUUAGGCGAAGCUAUUGAUAGGACGCUUGUUAACCAUCUUCUGAAGAUGUUUACUGCUCUAGGAAUCUAUUCAGAAAGCUUUGAAAAGCCAUUUCUUGAGUGCACAUCUGAAUUUUAUGCCUCUGAGGGUGUAAAGUACAUGCAGCAAUCAGACGUUCCAGAUUACUUGAAGCAUGUGGAGCUAAGGUUGCAUGAAGAACAUGAAAGAUGCUUACUCUAUUUGGAUGCAAGUACAAGGAAGCCACUGGUGGCUACUGCAGAAAGGCAGCUUCUUGAGCAUCAUACCUCUGCAAUUCUUGAUAAGGGAUUCGCGAUGCUGAUGGAUGGGAAUCGCAUUGAGGACCUUCAAAGGAUGUAUUCACUAUUUUCAAGGGUUAAUGCCCUUGAAUCUCUACGGCAGGCUCUUAGCUCUUACAUCCGGGGUACUGGGCAGGGUAUUGUAAUGGAUGAAGAGAAGGACAAAGAUUUGGUGCCUUCUCUUUUGGAGUUUAAGGCUUCUCUUGAUACAAUAUGGGAAGAAAGCUUCUCCAGAAAUGAAUCAUUUUCUAAUACCAUAAAGGAUGCAUUUGAACAUUUAAUUAAUCUUCGUCAGAACCGCCCUGCUGAGCUGAUUGCAAAGUUUCUGGAUGAAAAACUUCGUGCUGGUAAUAAGGGUACUUCUGAAGAGGAGUUGGAGGGCACACUUGAUAAAGUUUUAGUUUUGUUCCGAUUUAUACAAGGUAAAGAUGUAUUUGAAGCAUUCUAUAAGAAGGAUCUUGCAAAAAGGUUGCUGCUGGGAAAGAGUGCCUCCAUUGAUGCUGAGAAAUCAAUGAUAUCUAAGCUGAAGACAGAAUGUGGGAGCCAGUUCACAAACAAACUUGAAGGAAUGUUCAAGGAUAUUGAGUUAUCAAAAGAGAUAAAUGAAUCAUUCAAGCAGUCAUCCCAAGCAAGGACAAAACUCCCUUCGGGUAUUGAAAUAAGUGUCCAUGUGUUAACAACUGGGUACUGGCCAACAUAUCCACCCAUGGAUGUUCGACUUCCACAUGAGCUAAAUGUAUACCAGGACAUUUUCAAAGAGUUCUACUUGAGCAAGUACAGUGGAAGGCGCUUAAUGUGGCAAAAUUCAUUAGGACACUGUGUAUUGAAGGCUGAGUUUCCAAAAGGCAAGAAGGAACUAGCAGUGUCACUAUUUCAGACUGUUGUCCUGAUGUUAUUUAAUGAUGCCCAAAAGCUUAGCUUUCAAGACAUCAGGGACUCAACAGGUAUUGAGGACAAAGAGCUGAGAAGAACUCUGCAAUCACUUGCUUGUGGAAAAGUUCGCGUACUUCAGAAGUCCCCUAAAGGGAGAGAAGUGGAGGAUGAUGACUUAUUUGUGUUCAAUGAAGAAUUCAGUGCUCCUUUGUAUCGUAUAAAGGUAAAUGCUAUCCAGAUGAAGGAGACGGUGGAAGAGAACACAAGCACUACUGAAAGAGUUUUCCAGGAUCGUCAAUAUCAGGUUGAUGCAGCUAUUGUUCGUAUAAUGAAGACUAGGAAAGUGCUGAGCCACACACUUUUGAUAACCGAGCUCUUCCAACAGCUCAAGUUUCCAAUAAAGCCUGCCGAUUUGAAGAAAAGGAUUGAAAGUCUUAUUGAUAGGGAGUACCUGGAGAGGGACAAGAGCAAUCCACAGAUAUACAACUACCUGGCGUGAUUAUCUUAUCACAGUAGGGUUUGACUUUGGCGCAUUCCUAAAUGUAAAUGACGCAGAGGAAAUUCGUGUCCUCGUUCGGAGGCAAGACUUUCAGGGGUUGAUCCAUUUCUAGAUUCAUGUACAGGAACCUGUAGUUCUAGUUUUGUUAUCUUUUAAUACUGUAAAGUAUAUUUUUGUCAUUCCAAUCGCCACAGUUUUCCUUGUUGUAGAUUGAACCACCUUAAAGUUGAAGAAAAGAUAGAUUCCUCAUCAUCCCUUGUACAACA